ACGUCAUCAUAAACGGACAGUGUUGUCAUUCCUGAAAUGUGGGAAGCGGCUGUCUUUGUAUUUGGUUCUUUUUAAAAGAUUUCGUCGUGCUUUAACCACCAAGACUUAAAAUGGCGGACUACUGGAAGUCCCAACCAAGGAAAUUCUGUCAGUACUGCAAGUGCUGGAUUGCGGACAAUAAGCCUAGCGUUGAGUUCCACGAAAGGGGGAAAAAUCACAAAGAAAAUGUGGCUGCAAAAAUCUCUGAGAUUAAAAAGAAGAGUGUUGACAAGAUGAAGCAGGAGGAACGUAUGUCUAAAGAAUUUAAGGCAAUGGAGGAGGCUGCACUGAAGGCAUAUGAGGAGGAUCUGAAGAGGAUGGAAAGGGAGUCAGGAGGAUCAGGUUCAUCUGCCCAAACAACAACACAGCCACCCCCACAACCUCAGGCAAAACCUCAGGCAAAACCUCAGGCAUGGCCCCAGACAAGACCCCAGACCAAAAAACAGCAGAAGAAAGAGAAAGCGAGCGAGAAGUCCAGAGGCCAAAGAGAAGCGCAGGUUUGGGUUGAAGGACAGACAGACGAUGGACACACGUACUAUUACAACACAGUAACUGGAGAAUCUACAUGGGAAAAACCAGAUGGUUUUCAUGGAGAAAACUCAGCCUCUCCACUGCCUGGACAGACUGAGAGCACUUCAGGCUGUCCUUGGAUGGAAGCCGUCAGUCCUGAUGGUUAUACAUAUUACUACAACUCCGAGACUGCAGAGACCAGCUGGGAGAAGCCAGCGGGCUUUUCUCCGAAGGAAUCACCUGGAUCUGGAUCCAACAAAGAGGGCAAGAGUCAGGAGGAGCCAUUAACCCCUCAGGCAGAGCCGUCCUCAGUAGGAGAGGAGAGCUCCAGCGAGGCCCCGGCAUCUCAGGAGGCUCAAGUUCCUGAACAAGCCAGCCAGCAGCCCAAUGCCUCACAGAUCAGCUUCAGGAAAAGGAAAGCAGAAGCUGAGCCAUCAGAAAAGGAGGGAGAAGAUAAGAUGAGUGACGAUGCUCCUAAAGAGGCGGCUGAAGAGAUGAAAAAAGAGCAAGAUGUCCAAAGCACGACAGCUGAACCUGAGAAAGAGAAGAAAGAGGAAGAGGUGGCACCAGUGAAGAUACGAACCAAAAGGCCAAAGGCCGCCAAUCCAUAUGGGGCAUGGGAAGAGAUCCAGGAAGAGGAGGAUCCAUAUUCCAAGGUGGACUUACAGCUGCCUCAAGUGGAGGGAAGCGCCGUCAGCACUCCGGUCGACCUGCCGCCAGAGCCAAAACCAAAGUUCAGGGAACGCAUUAUCACUUCCCUGGGAGAGGAAGGCGGACCUGCGUCAUUCAGGAAAAACAAGACACAGAACGGCAAAUCCCGGAGCCUCCGACAGAGAGACAACGACGACGACUGACCCGAUCACAUAAAAACUUUAUGCAGUAGAAGACUUUUACACAAAUAAAACUCUCUCUCUCUCGCUGAACUUUUGACAUAUUGAUGAACCUUUUAGAUUUUUGAAGUGUAAAUUUAUUAGGAGUGUUUUGGUUUUUUUACAUAAGAUGCACAGAUAUGUUUUGGGAAAAAUUGUAGACAAAGUAAAAAAUGCAGUUUCUUUAAAUUAAAUGUUUUUAAUCCUAAAAAAAAAAAUCUACCAUUGGACACAAUCCAUGCUCUUUUCUUUGUACUGAUAUGUUAUAAUUAAGGUGUGCAACACUUUUAUAUACUUAUGUAUACAAUAUUGUCAUUUCAUCCUGUAGUCUGGUAAGGGCAGAUGUACCCAUACAGAGCAAUUUAAAUAACUUUUUUUGUAUUUUCCAUAUUUUUAUUUGUAAUAUUGUUAGUAAUGAAAAGCUAGUAAUAAUGCAUCCUUGUGGAAAAAUCGCAAUGUUUCCUAGUCAUAAAGCAGUAUGGAUAGAAGCGAUUAAAGAUGGGACGAUAUGAUCUCAAUAAAUUAUGACUGUCCAGAUACUGAA